UGGGUGCUCCGUGCAGCAGCUGGACCUUCAGUCCGCAGAGGCAGCAGAUAUGAGGCCGGGGCUCGUGGUUCUGCUGUGCGUCUUCAGCUGCGCUCUGCGCUCGGAGUGCGCGCCGCCGACCUGCUACUCUCGCGCGCUGGAGCUCAGCAGGGAGAUCAUGACCCUGCUGGACAGGGUGCACACGUCCCACCGCACGAAGACGUGCGCGGAAGUUCUACCGACGAUCUUCAUCGAUGUGCAUAACGCCUGCAUCACCAACAAGCUCCGGGACUUUCUGUACGUGGUGCUGAACCACCCCAGUCAGUCCUGCAGAGAGAAACCCAGGAUGAAGGUGCUGAAAGGGAAGAUCCAGAACCUGUACAACAUCAUCACCAGGAUUUGUUACCGGGACCUGGUGUUUUUCACAGACGACUGUGAGGCCAUCGAUACAGGACACAGCCGGCUGUACGUCGCAGAAGACCGGCUGCAGAUCCUGCAGGAGGAGAGAUGAACCUCUCACCACAGCCUCUGCAUUCCCCCCAAGCUGCAGUUUUAUUUACCACCAGAGCUUAUCAGAUCUGCUGCUGGGCUGGACGGGAGCCUCAUUCCUGCAGUGUGUGGAAUUUUCCACAGGAAAUAUGCUGAAUGCCAACCAUGCCAAUGGAAGCACUGAAAUAAUAAACUGAUCCUAGAUGCUUGGGAGCGGCCCUCGACCCCUGCUUCCUCACAGAGUCUGAUCAAAGCUCUGCACCUCAUUAGGUUCUAGAAAUAUGCGCUGUUGGCAUAACCUUUAUUCACAGCUGCUCUGCAUGUCAUCCUGAGUGUCCUGGAACAAAUGCCUUUCUUUGUGCACGCUCAGCCCUGCAGCUUCAUCACCAUGAAUGAUCUCCUGAGUUCUGAUGUUUCUGGCAUUGAAGCUGAAGGAGGCCUCACCCAUCUAUUUUACAUCAGCGUUGUGCUUUAGCCGCAGUUACUACAGAACGGACGGCAUCUGUUUAGAGACACAUGUAUGAUUUCUAUUGCUUUUGUACAAAGAUACAAUUAGUAUCAAAAUCAAAUAAAAAUGUUUAUUUCAGCCGUUAAA